GGGACUCUUCAAGGCUCUUCCGAAGCCGAAAUACACCGGCGAGGAGGAGGAGCUCCCACAACACGCGCAGCCCCGUGGGCCCCGGGUCGUGGGCCCCGGCCAACUCGAUGAAUCUCAGAUUGUGCUCCGGGUAGGUUUCCACCGCAACCCUUCUUAAUCGAAUCCCCCAGUCUACACCCGACUACGCGGAUAUGAUACUAACUUUGACUUAUUUGUGUCUAGAGAACCGGACCUCCCCCCUAUCAGAACCGAGCCGGAUGGCGGCCGCGGGCCCCCGAGGACUUCGGCGACGGCGGCGCGUUCCCGGAGAUCCUGGUGGCGCAGUACCCGCUCGACAUGGGGCGGAAGGGGACGGCGUCAACGUCGAACGCGCUGGCGGUGCAGGUGGACGCGGAGGGGAAGGUGAAGUACGACGCGAUCGCGCGGCGGGGCCACGGCGACAACCGGAUCGUGCACGCCUCGUUCAAGGACCUGAUCCCGCUGCGGCAGCGGGUCGACAUGGGCGAGAUUUCGCUGGACCGGCCCUCGGAGGAGGAGGUGGCGGCGCAGAUGGAGAGGACCAAGACCGCGCUGGCCAGUCUGGUGGAAGGGGCGGUGUCGGCCCAGAAGCCCAAGAACGUGCGCGGGGGCCGCCGCGCCGAGCCCACGUUCGUGCGCUACACCCCCGCCAACAACCAGAUGGGCGACACCUCGCGCAAGAAUGAUCGCAUCAUGAAGAUCGUCGAGCGCCAGCAGGAUCCCAUGGAGCCGCCCAAGUUCAAGCACAAGAAGAUUCCCCGGGGUCCGCCCUCGCCCCCGCCGCCCAUCAUGCACUCCCCGCCCCGCAAGCUGACCGCGGAGGAUCAGGAGGCCUGGAAGAUCCCGCCGCCCGUGUCGAAUUGGAAGAACCCCAAGGGUUAUACCGUGCCGUUGGAUAAGCGGUUGGCGGCCGAUGGUCGCGGGUUGCAGGAUGUCACGAUCAAUGACAAGUUCGCGCAGUUUGCCGAGGCGCUGUUCACGGCCGACCGCCACGCGCGGGAGGAGGUGCGGCUGCGCGCCCAGAUGCAGCAGAAGUUGGCGGAGAAGGAGAAGGCUCAGAAGGAGGAGCAUCUGCGGGCGUUGGCGCAGAAGGCGCGCGACGAGAGGGCUGGCGGCAGUGGCAGUGGCGGUCGUCGUCAGCGGGAUUACUCGCGGUCGCCGUCCGCCCGCAGUGUCAGCCGCAGCCCGUCGAGGUAUUCGGAUCGGUCCGGCACGCCGAGUGGCGGGGAGGACGAGGACGAGCGGGCGGCCCGGCAGCGGGAGCAGAUGCGGCGCGAGCGGCGGCAGGAGGCGGAGCGGCAGCUGCGGCAGUCGCGCAUGGGCACGGAGCGGCGGAUCCAGAUGAUGGCGCGCGAGCAGAACCGCGAUAUCUCGGAGAAGGUGGCGCUGGGCCUGGCCAAGCCAACGCAGUCGUCCGAGGCCAUGUACGACUCGCGGCUGUUCAACCAGACGAGUGGCAUGAGCUCCGGGUUCAACGAGGACAACCCCUACGACAAGCCGCUGUUCGCCGCGCAGGACGCCAUCAACAGCAUCUACCGGCCGCGUGCGCAGCUCGAUGACGACGACGAGGGAGAGGGAGCGGGCGAGGAGAUGAGCAAGAUCCAGAAGUCGAGCCGGUUCGAGGUUCUGGGCCGAGCUAAGGAGGGUUUCAAGGGAGCUGAAUUGGCGGAGGUGAGUUUUUUUGCCCAUUUGCUUGUGGUCAGGGCCAGAGUGCUAAUCUGUCUCUCCUAGGCUCGCGAUGGUCCCGUGCAGUUCGAGAAGGACACGACGGACCCGUUCGGUAUCGACAGCAUGAUCGCCGACGUCACGGGAAGCGCGGGAUCAUCGGGCCAGAAGCGC